CGCGCUGAGUGAGAGUGAGGCCGCGGCUGCGAGACGGGUGUUCGCCGGUUUAAUGGCGGCCAUGUUGCAUCGGAAGUGAAGUGAAAAGGGAGAGAGCGGAAGAAAAAAAAACAAAGUCGCCGUCAGGAUCGCGAACCGGCUCGCUACGCUCGGCGGAGAGACAUCAACCACCGAUCAGGAGGGUGAAAGAAGCAAAGCUGUUAGGGGGGGGAAGUUUAAUUUGUAUUAUUUUUGAAAAUUUUCCCCCCCAAUACAAUAAAAAAGGACAAUGGCGGAUCCGGCAGAGUGCAGUAUAAAAGUGAUGUGCCGCUUCAGGCCCCUGAAUGACUCGGAGGUCCAACGCGGAGAUAAAUAUAUCUGCAAAUUUCAAGGGGAUGAAACUGUGUCGGUCGGGGGCAAGUCUUAUGUGUAUGACUAUGUUUUUCCAUCAAAUGCAACACAAGAACAAGUGUACAAUGCCUGUGCAAAAAAUAUUGUCAAAGAUGUUCUUGAUGGAUAUAAUGGUACAAUAUUCGCAUAUGGGCAGACGUCUUCUGGUAAAACUCACACUAUGGAGGGAACACUUCAUGAUCCUGAUUGUAUGGGAAUAAUUCCCAGGAUAGCCCAAGAUAUUUUUAAUUACAUUUACUCCAUGGAUGAAAAUUUGGAAUUCCACAUCAAGGUUUCAUAUUUUGAAAUUUACUUGGACAAGAUUAGGGAUCUUUUGGAUGUGUCGAAGACUAAUCUCUCUGUCCAUGAAGAUAAAAAUAGAGUUCCUUAUGUUAAGGGCUGCACCGAACGUUUUGUUUGCAGUCCUGAUGAGGUCAUGGAUACAAUUGAUGAAGGAAAGUCCAACAGGCAUGUAGCAGUUACAAAUAUGAAUGAACACAGCUCACGUAGCCACAGUAUCUUCCUUAUUAAUGUCAAACAAGAAAACACUGCAACAGAGCAGAAGCUAAGUGGCAAACUUUAUCUGGUUGACUUGGCAGGUAGCGAGAAGGUCAGUAAAACUGGAGCAGAAGGGGCUGUGCUCGAUGAGGCCAAGAAUAUCAACAAGUCUUUGUCAGCACUGGGGAAUGUCAUUGCUUCUCUAGCAGAGUCAAGCACAUACGUACCAUACCGUGACAGCAAAAUGACCAGAAUUUUACAGGAUUCACUGGGUGGUAACUGCAGAACUACUAUAGUUAUUUGCUGCUCUCCAUCAUCCUACAAUGAGACAGAGACUAAAACUACAUUGAUGUUUGGUCAGAGAGCCAAGACCAUUAAGAAUACUGUAACUGUUAAUGUUGAGCUCACGGCAGAACAGUGGAAGAAGAAAUAUGAAAAAGAGAAGGAGAAAAACAAGACUUUAAGAAAUACUAUACAGUGGCUUGAAAAUGAACUCAAUAGAUGGCGGAAAGGUGAGUCUGUACCUGUAGAAGAACAGUAUGACAAAGAGAAACACAAGGAAGCACUUGAGAUUGUUCUCACCAAUGACAAAAUAGAGGAAACACCUACUGUUAAACUCACCGAUGCAGAGAAACUAAAGAUGGAUUCAGAAAUUUCAAAACUGUAUAAGCAGCUUGAUGAUAAGGAUGAGGAGAUCAAUCAGCAGAGCCAACUGGUGGAAAAACUUAAGCAGCAGAUGUUGGACCAGGAAGAACUUCUGGCAUCCACCAGACGAGACCAAGACAAUAUGCAGUCGGAACUAAAUCGCCUACAGGCUGAGAAUGAUGCCUCCAAAGAGGAAGUGAAAGAGGUGUUGCAAGCCUUGGAGGAACUUGCAGUUAACUAUGACCAGAAAUCACAAGAAGUGGAGGACAAGACAAGAGAAUUUGAGCUACUAAGCGAUGAACUGGGUCAAAAGUCGGCUACAUUAACGUCCAUUGAUGCAGAGCUGCAAAAACUGAAGGAAAUGACCAAUCAUCAGAAGAAACGAGUGACUGAGAUGAUGACGUCAUUAUUAAAAGAUCUUGCAGAAAUUGGAAUUGCAGUUGGCAACAAUGAUGUUAAGCCUGAGGGAAGUGGUCUGCUAGAUGAGGAAUUUACAGUGGCACGGCUGUACAUUAGCAAAAUGAAAUCUGAAGUGAAGACCAUGGUGAAACGCUGCAAGCAGUUGGAAAGCACGCAAGUCGAGAGUAACCAGAAGUUAGAAGAGAAUGAAAAGGAACUGGCAGCUUGUCAACUUCGCAUUUCCCAGCAUGAGGCAAAGAUCAAGUCGCUCACAGAGUACCUGCAGAACGUAGAACACAAAAAGAGACAUCUGGAAGAGUCUGUUGAUUCACUCAACGAAGACUUGGUCAAGCUUCAGACACAAGAAAAAGUACAUGAAAUGGAAAAAGAGCACUUGAACAAAGUGCAGACUGCAAAUGAAGUAAAGCAAGCUGUAGAGCAACAAAUGCAGAGCCACCGUGAGGCCCAUCAGAAACAGAUCAGCAGUUUGAGGGAUGAAAUUGAAAAGAAGGAAAAGCUCAUCACUGACCUUCAAGACCAAAAUCAGAAAAUGAUGCUAGAGCAGGAGCGUCUACAUGUAGAACAUGAAAAGCUAAAAACUGUAGAUCAGGAAAAAAGCCGCAAAUUACAUGAACUGACCAUUAUGCAGGAUCGACGAGAACAAGCAAGGCAGGACCUCAAAGGACUGGAAGAAACAGUGGCAAAAGAACUCCAGACACUCCAUAACCUUCGGAAGUUAUUUGUUCAAGACUUAGCGACCAGAGUUAAAAAGAGUGCAGAAAUGGAUUCUGAUGAUACUGGUGGUAGUGCUGCACAGAAGCAAAAAAUCUCCUUUCUCGAGAACAACCUUGAACAGCUCACAAAGGUUCAUAAACAGUUGGUACGAGAUAAUGCAGAUCUCCGUUGUGAGCUUCCAAAACUGGAGAAACGACUUAGAGCUACAGCUGAGAGAGUCAAGGCUUUGGAAUCUGCAUUAAAGGAAGCCAAAGAGAAUGCAGCCCGAGAUCGCAAACGCUACCAGCAGGAAGUAGAUCGCAUCAAGGAUGCUGUGCGAGCAAAGAACAUGGCGAAGAGAGUGCACUCUGCACAGAUCGCUAAACCCAUCCGCCCUGGUCAACCCCCUAUGGCUUCCCCAACUCACCCAAGUGCAAUUCGUGGGGGAGGUGGAUUCUUCCAAAACAGCCAAGCAGUUGCCGUACGUGGAGGUGGAGGCGGCGUGAAAUCAGAUAAGUUUGUCAGUGGAGGGAUGGCUAAUAAUGCUGAAAUUGGAGACAUUGGCUUCUUGCCUUCUUCUGUAAAAGCUGCUAAAGCAACAACAUAAUCAAAGAGAAGCAGACAUCAUCCAAACAACCCAUCAUUCCAAAGCAGUGUGAACUCUCCAACUAAGACUUUUCACAGGAUUAUUUUUGAAAAAUUUAAAAAAAAACUGGCCUGUACAGCUCCACCCUUGGCAAAAUCUCCUUACUGAUCUCCUUGCAAAACAAGAGUGCAAUGUAGGCGUCUUGCAAAUAACUACAUCUAAUUUACCGUGUAGCUCCAUUGCACAGUACAUUGUCAUUCAUGUCUUAAAUUUAGUCUGCACUGUGCCAAGUUGAAUGUACGUUGUUGCAGGAAAACUUUAGCAGAAGCGUUGAAGCCUAAUUUGUGUACAUUUCAUUGUUUUAGGACUUGUGAAACAAUGUCGCCAAGUAGAUUUGAUAAGCUUGUUUUACAGUGAAAAAUGAUUUGGCGGAAUGCAGCUAUCAUUCUCGUGUAAAUUAAGAUAGUACUUGAAGUUUUUCUUGAAAUGGAUUUUUUUUGGCUCGAGAUGAAGAGGAGUAGUACAAUUUGAAUACUGAAGGUACAUUCAUGACAGUAUGGGGUUAGAGCAGAGUGUUAGGGUAGUACUGAAUAAAAUGCUGCUAACAAUGAAAUACAGGAAUGUUCAAUGAGACUGUUUAACAUGAAUAUGUUGUGACGUUGUCCGACUAAGUUUAUGGGAGAACGCUAAAACACUUUGGCUGACCAUAAAUGUAUGAGGGAAAAAUUAAAAGGCAUUAUAUUUUAAGAUGGAGCACACAACAACAUAUUCUGUCCAGAUUCUUGCCAUCGCUUUUUGUGGUAAAUUAAAGAUCAAUAUUUCACCCUUGGGCUCAUUAUAUAGCAAGAUAGCAUUAUUUUAAAAAUAUUUGAGUUAAGACAUUGCACUGUUACUGGUUUUAUAAUGGAUUUCAGGUGAAGUGCAAACACUCAAAAAAAAAAUUUAAGUUUUAAUUGAUAAAAUCAUUAACAACUGGCCAUUGAACAUUUUGCUGUCAUCUCUAGUGUGCUAAGUACUUAGUACAUGCUAUUAAUCACUAUUCAGUGAUAACCAAUAAAAUUCAAGAUGGCUUAAAAAAGGCACAAAUGGAAAGCAGGUAAAAUUUGUAAAGUACUAUUUUACCACAAUUGGGUUUUUCUAGAAAAGCAAAAUACUGAUGUUGAAUCUAACUUAUCUUUAAAAACAAAUCUUAUCCACAAGAGGUAAAACUGAUUCUAUUCUGGCACUUAUCCAGAAAACAUAUUUACAGUAUAAAAGGCUGGUUAUUAACAUAAACAGGAAAAGGUGAGGAACAGAAUAAAUGAUGCAAAAGAUUAGAUAACUGGGUAAGACUUAUUUUUUGGAGGAAAAAAAUGAGAAAGCAAUAUGUGAUGAAUAAAACUUCAAUGAAGUAUCUCCAAGGACCCAAUGGUCUAAAUCUAGUCCUGAUGUAAACACUGUUGAGGAAUAUCUUGAAGUGGCGCAGCCCCUAAUAUAUAUCAAUCUUGCAUGUGUCAUUUAUAGUUACAAAAAUACAGGUCUCUGCUUGUCAAAUCAAUUAGGAUUACUUGUGGAGUGUUAUUACGUGUGACUAUAGGCAGAAAGUUGUUCUGCUCCGUUUCUCCUAAACUUAAUGGAUCAAGCCUUGUGACAAGGUUUUGGCUAAGAAGACUAUUGGAUGUGUGAAUAAGUGAAUUCAUUCUUGUGCAAAAGAAAAUGCACUUUACAAGUUAGUAAAUAGCCAAAUUGGCAGGUCGAACAAAUGUUUUUUGUGUGGUCUGAAUAAAUGACUCAUUGUUAUACCAUUUUAAACAUGAGGUGAUUAUUUUUGGCAUUGUAUCCUUCAGCCUCUGAAUUUUCGAAUUCUAUGAUUUACUUCUGACUUGGUGGAGGCUGACCAACAAAUCAGCCAAUAAAGCAACUCUUUUAAACACAGUGCCGAACAUACAUAACCGCUACUGUUUCUGAUGCCUUGUCGUUGCAAGGUUGAUCACUCUUGGAUUUGUUGCUCUUGAUACUGAUAAACAGUCAGUGUAUCAGGACAUCUGACAAAAAGGCCUUACAGAUGCUAUAUUAAUAGGAUUGAUAUAAAAAUCUUUUAAGUUUGAUUAUCUUUCCUUCAAAAAAAACAAUGCCAUACUCCAAUUGGUUUUGAAAAAAGGAAUAUUUGGACCAUAAGACACUAUUUAUUGUCUAAGAUGAAACUUAAUUGCUUUUGUACAUUUAUUGUCUUUACAAUAGUACAAACAACCUAAUUUUGCAUAUUUACUUGUUAGUUUUCCUGUUUGACAUAUUGGGUCAUGUAUGUGCCUAAAACUCAAUAUUGGCCAAAAGGUGCAGCCACUGCACUGAAGACAUGACUGGUUUAAGGACCUGUUUCCUGUAUUCCAAUUUUCUUUGAUGCACAUCACAUUUUGAAAUUGCACAAAGUUGCCAUGGCAAAUCAUCUGGACAGGACUGCACACUGGAUGUUGAAUACAAAUUUAUUCUCAUUUGCCGAAUAGUAAAUGCCUUGCUAUCCUGAUUGCAUUGCAGUGUACUCUUCAAGUGCUUAUUGUGAGCUCAUUCCUCAGAUCUUGUAGAAAUGAAUGGUUUUAAAACAUAAACGCAAUUGAAUAAAAACCUAGUAUUUAUUCAUGGUGAUCAACUAAAUUAUUUGCAUAAUUUAAACAAUGCUAAGGAAAUUACUGUAAUAGUUCUAAAUUUGACAUGAGAUGACACUAUGGUUUCCGCCUGUGGAAUAUGGUGCAGAAUAAGUCGGACAGCAGAAGGCACAUAACAUUCUGUUUUCGUUAAGCCAUCAUUUAGUUUUGACUGACUGCAUGCUGUAAAUGUAUUUGUGUUUAAAUAAAUGACUUUUGUCUGGGAAUUCUGUGA